CAGGCAGCGUCGGAGAUUCACCGGUCCGACCUCACAUGGAUCCCCAGUGAGCAGAGCGAGCACUCCGGGCAGGGGGUAAGGCUGAGCCCGUGUGAGGUGUACAAGGUGUGAUGGCGCUGUGCUCUGAGCCCUGUGUCUCCGGCUCAGGAGGAGAAUCCUCCGGCAGUGAGGCGGGUUCCAGCUGUCUUCAGUUUGGGGUUCGUUCCUAUCUGCAUCACUUCUACGAGGAGUGCUCGUCCUCCAUGUGGGAGAGGGACCCAGAGGACCGGGGGUUCGUCCAGAGCCAGAGGUCAGCCCUGUGGUGGAACUCAGCAGUCUGGAAGGUGUCCUUGGCCCUGGGUCUCCUGAUCCUGACUGCUGGUGUUGCCAGCCUGUCAGUCGGUUACUCCACUCCCCACAAAAUUGAGUCGUUCGGAGAAGGGGACCUGUUCUUCGUGGACAACCAGGCCGUCAGCUUCAACAGGGGGCUGCACGUCAGCACUGCGGCGGGGAUCGGGCUCGCUUGUCUCGGCUCGGCCCUGGCGGCGAUGGGGGUUGUGGUUUGGAUUCUCCCCAGGGCCAACUUGAAAGAGAAGCUGUUCCACAGACCAGGGGAAGGGGGGCGGAGAGGAGAGGCAAAGUGGAGGGCAUUUAGGGAUCCUGGGGAUGUGGUGACGAAGCCGCCAGGUAUAGAGGAGGGGAAGAUACCCGUCACACUGUCGAAAGUGGAAAGUGUGCAACCCACUCUCUAGAAAAGAUCCCUGCUGGGCUAUAUGGUGUACAGGCUUUUGUUUUUGUCCUGGGGCCUCAUUUACCUGGUCUUUAAAGUGUCGUUCGGCGUUUAAAUGGAGGUUGUUUCAUGACCUGGAUAUUAUUGUAACAUAAACUUAAACAUAAAGGUCUGAACAUGGCAGGAUUUAAACAAAAUUUCACAAUCAGAGGAGACAAAGUUAAUCCGUGCAAAUAUUUGGUGUAGAAUUGGCUUCGGUGAAAAACCUGAGUCUUAAAUUGGUGGAGCUAAUCUAGCUUAUUGUAAACUGACCGUUAGCAAGCUCAUCAGCUUGGUGAGCUUUAUCCUCCAUCUUCAGUGUGUUUUUAUGAGUUAAAUGUUGUACAGUGGUGACUGAGAGCAACCAGAACAAGGAGAGAAACUGGAGAGAAGCUAUGAGCCACUGUAACUGACUAGCGCUGGAAUUAGCAUGCUAACAGUUAGCUCACCAGCUACAACCUUUCACCAAGUAGCCCUGUGAGCAGUCAGUAUGUCACCAGCCCAAUCUGCUUCACAUGAACAAGCGAAUGUCACUUUGUGGUUUCAACACACUUUAGACAGGGUACACGGACAGUGAUAUGUGAAAUGACAACAACCUUUGAACGCCGCAUUACGUGGUGGUGACAUUAAAUACGAUCACUGCGUUUGUUACAUACGGGGCAGCACGGUUGGGUUAAGUCAAAGAACGUGUUUUCAGUUAAGAUAACUAUGUUUGUGGCGUACAGUUUGCAAGCACAUCAUAAAGGUAGUCUACAUAACGUAACGUGGCAUAACCACAAAAAGGAAGAACUCUGACUUUUAGUUUCACACAGAACAUGUGCAGUGGUCUCCUGGGUCAAAGUCCUGUGUGUGUUUGGUACCAUCCACCACCCCGACCUCCUCUCUACAAGGACUCUCUUUCUCUGCACACUACCAACGGGGUCGUAACAUUAACCACAGUACAUUGACGUCACUGAACCAGGGAAUUAUUGUGUCCACCACAACAACAGAUCCUAAAUGACUUUCCACUGUCAACGUUUCAGUUAUUGUCAUUGUUACGCAAUUUUAGCACAUAACAUCACAUGCUACCACCACAUAAUGCUGUGUUAAGAGGUCAUGGUCAUUUCACGUCUUUGCUUUAAACACCUACCUGGCUUUCAAAGCACAACUUGAUCUGAAUAGAUCAUAGCUAUUUUUUAAAUAAAUCUGAAUUAAAAUAUAUAAAUGAGGCCCCAGGACUUCAGCCAGAGACCUUGAAGCUCUGUUUAACACCUCAUACUGCAGGACAGGGAUUUAGUUGUUGACCAUAGACUGUGUUCGUGCAGUGCACUCGUGUUAUAUUUGAAAAUACAGUGAGUAAUGUCCACCUCAGCACUCAGAGAGCAGAACCUUUAUGACUGAUGGUAGAAAAUGUGUUUUUAUCUCUCACUUUAUUUUGUUGUAUUUUUGCUCAAUAUAUUUUUAUUAAUUAUUUUUUUAAAUAGUAAUGGCACCAGCUUUCCCAGUAGAUAGAUGAGGUGGUGAUGUUGCAUGAGUAAUAUAGAAAACCUAUGUUUCCAUUCACAUAAUCUAUAUCCACACAUGGAUCACAGAAAGGUUGCUCACAGAUGUAUAAAAAGACUCAUUAACAUUUCUGCAUCUACGUUUUCACAUAUCUCCACUAAUGCUCAGCUGUAUUCAACACAUGUACAGCCACAGCGCUUGCCUGCUCACCCACACGCCUACACACAAAUUCAUGCUCCAUUGACAAUAUCACCUAUUUUCUCCUCACUGUAUUCCGGCUCUGUAAUUGCCUGCAAAGUGUCUCCAGGCAACAGUUGGGCUUCAAGUGCUUCAUUCUCAACUCUGAACAAAGACUCGUCUCUGAUUGGCCCAGCACUUCCCCGCUCUUUAUUUUCACACCAAUCAGAUGAUUUGUUUACUCGUGAACACAGUUAGUGGUGAAGCGCUGAGGUGAGAGGAAUGUGCACAGGCACCUUAGAGGCCACCUGUUUGAUUAGGUCCUCCAGUUUAUUUAAAUGAGUCUGAAUAACAGAGAGAACAAGUCAGAAAAAAAGAAUAAUUAUGAUGUCCUGGUUGGUUACCUGCACUGAUUCCUCUGGAUGUUAUUUUUCAUGUUUAUUUGUUUUACUGUGGCUAUGAUGGAGAUAAUGGAAUAAAAUGUGGAUGAAGUGUCACUAGUGCAAAUG